AGGGACAGAGCCUUCUUCUUUUGAUGUUGAAAUCCGUAAACAUCUCCAAGCUUGUAAAACAUUUCCAACAUGCAGCUGCUCCUGUUUGAGUUCGUCCUCCUUUUUCUAGGACCAAGAUAUAAGAUCCUGACACCAACAUGGGAAAACAGAAUAGCAAGCUACGCCCUGAAGUCAUGCAAGAUUUGCUAGAAAGCACAGACUUUACAGAACACGAGAUCCAGGAAUGGUACAAAGGUUUCCUGAGAGACUGUCCAAGUGGACAUUUGUCCAUGGAGGAGUUUAAGAAAAUCUAUGGGAACUUUUUUCCUUAUGGGGACGCUUCUAAAUUUGCUGAACACGUGUUCCGUACUUUUGACGCUAACGGUGAUGGAACGAUAGACUUCAGAGAAUUUAUCAUAGCCUUGAGUGUGACGUCCCGAGGAAAACUGGAGCAAAAGCUGAAGUGGGCAUUCAGCAUGUAUGACCUGGAUGGAAAUGGAUACAUCAGCAAGUCAGAAAUGUUGGAAAUAGUCCAGGCAAUCUACAAGAUGGUUUCUUCAGUUAUGAAGAUGCCAGAAGAUGAAUCAACACCAGAGAAAAGAACAGAGAAAAUCUUCCGUCAGAUGGAUACUAAUCGAGAUGGAAAACUUUCUCUGGAAGAGUUUAUCCGGGGAGCCAAGAGUGAUCCAUCCAUCGUCCGUCUCCUUCAAUGUGAUCCCAGCAGUGCUGGGCAAUUCUAAAGCAGUUGCUUGGAUUAUUUCAUGUCUCUGUUUUCAUUUCUUUUCUCUUUUUGCCAAACAACAUUUAUGGUGGUGUUGCCUCUGUAUGGCCAACUAUGCCUUCUUUUGUGGCAUCUUUAGCUUUCGUUGUGGCAGAUCCAUUAGGAGUACUACACACUCUCUGCGAUUCGUCCUGGUUACAGAGAGUGCCGUUUGCACCACCCAUGUCAAUUAUGAAAUUGCUGCAAAAUUCCAUGGCCUGACCCAGGAGUAAACCCCAUUUCGUUUAAAGGGACUCACUUCCUAGCAUGCUUCGGACCAAAGCCUUA